AUGUGUGACGUUUAUGACAUUGAUGAAUGUUUGUCGGCUAGCCCAUGCCAUGUCGAUGCUAUCUGCAUUGAUAAUGAUGGCGGAUACAUGUGUCUGUGCAAGUCAGGUUACCACGGAAAUGGAACUCAAUGUCAAGCUGUGUGCACAAAUCCCUGGGUGAAAAAGAACAAAGCAUGUGAAUGUAAACCGAGACCAGACGGACCCAUCUGCACAGAAGUGUGCAAUUGCUUGAAUGAUGGUCAGUGUACUGAAGACGGCACCUGCAACUGCCGGAAAGGUUUCCAUGGAGACCAGUGCCAACAUGCUUUCAAGACAAAGUGCCUGGGCACAAAUAAUGCAAUAUACACCUGGAUGGCUCUUGCCAGCUUGCCGUGUUAUCCACAUCUCGACGAUGGCAGCUGCCAGAAGAAAACGAACUUCGUGCACGCCCGCGAGAUGUGCGUGAGAAGAGGAUACAACUUCGUAGACUAUAAUUCCUUCACUGAGCUUGGCUUGAAGCUGGGUGUUAGCGACUGCAUAAAAUCAUUGCUGAGCGAGAUGAUGGCUAGAAGUAACAGCAGCUACAGCACCCCUCUCAAGAUAUGGACAUCGUACAUGUACUUUGGUCAGCAUGUUAUUUACAAGCAAGGCAAGGACAACUCGAGCGACGCACUAUUUGACAGGGAUGGAAGAGGCAAUCAUGAUGUCAUCUGUGAAGCCAAAUGGCUCGAGGCCAACGAUUCUGUACACGCCGCAGCAACUCCAGCACACAGACCCAGCGUGACUGAGCAGUUCGCAGAGGACGCAUGUCAGGAGUACGGAUAUCAUCUCAUUACCAAGGAGUGGCUAGAAGAACAUGGCCAUGUGUUAACAGAGCGCUGGCUAGAGAAGUUGGCCCUAUUGCAUAAGCACCAGCAAGCACCUUACCACGUCGCGUCAAUCCGAGUCAAUGGCCGUUCCCUUUACAGAACCGUAAUGUUUAGCGCGCAAAAGCAGACGUUUCAGAACGCCACAAGCAAAACUCAAGCCCAGAUUCUCUGUGUCACGCUAGACCCUCAAGCUGCGGCAGAGAACAGCUGUAGUCCGAUGUGCACGGGGGGACUGAUGUGUGUGAACGGAACCACAUGCCAAUAUGUUAUGGUGCAUACUCCCAACCUGACCACCAUCUUCAUGCAGUAUGUCGUCCAUAAUUUGGAAGCAGAGGUGGAGUACUACGACCAGGUGGCAGACGAGUGGUUUGAAGCGCAUAACUUCACGGUCGGCCUCGACCACGUUCCAAUCCGCAUUCUGAUGCAGGUCGGACACCAGGGCACGUAUUUCCGAUCGCGGGUCAAUAUGUACCUCCCGGAGCGCUACACAAUUUCACUCACCCACACCGGCACCCCACCAACAGGCUACUCUGUGUACACCUGGCCGAUGUUCCCGAUUGUCGGCAUCACUAUAACCGCAAACGACACUCUUCUAGCAACGGUCACCGUGUCUUUGCCGACGGUUAACCCCGCGGCAAAUCUGAGAGUGCAGGUCGGUCAAGCUCACGGCGGCAGCAAUGCAUCGUCGAUCGUCACGUCCGCCAGCACCGUAGCACUAAGAAAUGUCACAGCAGGGGACAUCUACUUCCGUGUGCUUAGUCUCGCAUCGACAAGCAGUUCCUCGGCUGCUUACUCUCAGAAAGUGUUCUUCCAUGUCUCAUGUAAGUUAUCAGUUGGUGCUUGA